UUUUUUCUUUUUUAAAAAGAAGAAGAAGAAGGAAUUACUAUAAUAAAAACAUUUGGUCAUCAAUCACACCGUAAAGCUGGUAUAAGUGUGCAACUACUACUCGUGAUUGUUUCAUAAGAAUUUAAAGAAAUUGGAAAAUGAUUGGGGCCAACAAUCGAAAGCGGACAAAAAUUCACAGUAUCUAAUGUUUUUACGGACAAUAUAAUUCUUUCUCGAUCAAUUUGGGGCCUCAGCUUAGUUGUUUACUCUGUCGUCUUCUUCAUCAAUCCUCUCUUUCUCUCUCUAACCGCUGUCUAAAAGUUCAGUUUUUUACUUCACCCCGUUUGUUAUUUGACAAGAUCUCUUGUUUUCUUGCAAAAGAUUCAAUUUUUUUUAUAAGAUUCGAAUUUGAGCUUCUGGGCUCCUUGAAUUCGUGAGUUAAGGUUUUGGAUUCGAUAGUUCUGAGGAAUCCCUUCAUAAAGAAGCUGUCUUUUAUCGAACUGAACUCUGUGUGUUCUAUUUUUCACAUGGAUAGUGAUGGAGGUUAUUUAGUUUCUGCCCUUGCAGUUUCAGACACUCUAAAAUCACUUUUAUCUUAAAAGAGACUUUUUUUUGAGGCAUUUGUUUGUCAGUUUGCAGUUUAAAUUCCCACCCACGAAUUUCAUCCCAUUUCUGCUGAUAAUUUAUGUCAAAUUCUCUGCACAAGGAAAGUUUUCUUACCACAUAGCUGUACUCGAACGGUUGUCCCUCACUCUUUUGCUUCUCUCUCUAGAAAAAAAGAAGGUAGUGAGUCAAUAUAUAUUUCUCACUUUAAGUAGAGCAGCCACUUUACUUUCUUUGCACUUACAGAUUGCUCUGCUUGAUGCAAUUUUGCCCCUUUUAGCUUCUCAAAAGUUUGAGGAUUGAAGUUUGUCGAUUUCGAGAAGAUGAACGGAGCCGCAUUGGUAGCAAUUGCUGCCACAAUUGGCAAUUUUUUACAGGGAUGGGAUAAUGCAACCAUUGCAGGCGCUGUCGUUUACAUAAAAAAAGAGCUCGAGUUGUCGGCUGCCAUAGAAGGGCUUAUUGUGGCAAUGUCGCUCAUUGGUGCCACACUUAUCACCACUUGCUCGGGGACGAUUUCAGACUGGGUUGGUCGACGUCCUAUGCUUAUUUGUUCAUCCAUGUUCUAUUUUCUAAGUGGGAUAAUAAUGCUGUGGUCACCUAACGUCUAUGUCCUGCUCCUAGCAAGGCUGUUGAAUGGGUUUGGUAUUGGACUGGCCGUUACUCUCGUCCCCCUUUAUAUAUCCGAGACUGCACCCUCAGAGAUACGAGGCCUAUUGAACACGCUUCCCCAGUUCACUGGCUCCGGUGGGAUGUUUUUGGCAUAUUGUAUGAUUUUUGGGAUGUCGUUGCUGGCCUCACCCAGUUGGCGGUUGAUGCUGGGAGUUCUUUCUAUCCCGGCUCUUCUGUAUUUCGCUUUGACAGUCUUCUUUUUGCCUGAAUCUCCUCGGUGGCUCGUGAGUAAAGGGAAGAUGAUCGAGGCGAAACGAGUGCUGCAGAGACUGCGUGGCAGGGAGGAUGUUUCUGGUGAAAUGGCUUUAUUGGUCGAGGGCCUCGCUGUCGGUGGUGAAACUUCGAUAGAAGAGUACAUUAUCGGUCCAGCAGAUGAACUAGACGAAGACCAGGAACCAACUGCAGAUAGAGACGCCAUCAAACUGUAUGGACCCGAGGAGGGACUCUCGUGGAUUGCGAAGCCCGUCACUGGGCAGAGUCGUCUCAGCUUCGUCUCUCGCCAAGGAAGCAUGGUAACUCCAAGUGUGCCUCUUAUGGACCCUCUAGUGACACUCUUUGGCAGCGUCCACGAGAAGCUUCCGGAGAUGGGGGGAAGCAUGCGAAGCAUGCUGUUCCCCAACUUCGGCAGCAUGUUCAGCACCGUGGAGCCUAAUAUGAAGAACGAAGAGUGGGACGAAGAGAGCUUGCAGAGAGAAGAUGAUGGAUACGGAUCGGAUGGGGGUGACGUGGAGUCCGACGACAACUUGCAUAGUCCGUUAAUCUCUCGUCAAACGACGAGCGUAGAGAAGGACGGCAUGGUGCCUCAGUCCCAUGGCAGCAUCUUGACGAUGCGACGCCACAGUAGUCUCAUGCAAGGAGGAGAUGCGAGUAGCAUGGGCAUUGGUGGUGGCUGGCAAUUGGCAUGGAAAUGGUCCGAACGAGAAGGGGAAGACGGCAAGAAAGAGGGAGGUUUCAAGAGGAUAUAUUUGCACCAGGAGGGUGGUGCCCCCGGCUCCAGACGAGGCUCUCUCGUUUCAAUCCCCGGAGAUCACACUGCUGCUGCUGACGGUGACUAUAUCCAGGCGGCGGCUUUAGUGAGCCAACCAGCCCUUUUCUCGAAAGAUCUUAUGAAUCGCCGUCCAGCCGGACCUGCAAUGGCACAUCCUUCUCAAUCUGCUGGAAAUGUCUCGAUUUUGGCUGCUCUUCUGGAACCAGGGGUGAAACGAGCUUUGAUUGUCGGGAUCGGGAUCCAAAUACUGCAGCAGUUUUCUGGUAUCAACGGCGUUCUCUAUUACACGCCUCAAAUCCUUACGCAGGCGGGAGUAGACGUUCUUCUCUCUAACCUCGGCAUCAGCUCCAACUCUGCGUCUUUCCUCAUCAGUGGAGUCACAAAUCUCUUGAUGCUUCCGAGCAUCGCUAUCGCUAUGAGGUUCAUGGACGUGGCUGGUCGAAGGUCACUGCUGCUGACAACAAUACCAGUUCUAGUGAUAUCCCUCAUAGCUCUUGUCAUCGGGAAUGUAUUCGAUUUCGGAGAGGUCAUCCAUGCCGUCGUCUCGACCCUCUGCGUUGUGAUCUACUUCUGCACGUUCGUGAUGGGGUACGGGCCGAUCCCAAACAUCCUAUGUGCGGAGAUCUUCCCGACAAGGGUGCGCGGCAUCUGCAUCGCUAUCUGCGCGCUGGUCUUCUGGAUAUGCGACGUCAUCGUCACGUACACGCUCCCGGUGAUGCUGACCUCGAUUGGCUUAGCCGGCGUGUUCGGGAUUUACGCUGUGGUCUGCGUCAUCUCGUGGGUAUUCAUCUUCUUGAGGGUUCCGGAGACGAAGGGCAUGCCGUUGGAGGUCAUCACGGAGUUCUUUGCUGUCGGAGCCCAACAAGGAGCGGCGAAGAAUGAGUAGGUGGCGGGAAGAAGCUCGACCGGCCGUAGCCGGUUGCCUGUGCUGACGUGGAUGGUGGUGGUGCCAUCCCAAGCAAGUUUUGUGCAGUGUAGCAUUGCACUUGUAUCAUACAGUUUAACCAUCUUGUUGUGACAUGAGAGGUCUGAGGUUUGAAUCACUGCUGUUAAAUUUUUUGGGUGCAUUUCAAUUUUCUUUA